GCUAAAUUUUCUGCUAGUAGGAAAUAGAGAAGAAGAAGGUCAUUUUUCCUAGAUAUUUUUGGAAGUUUCAUUUGUCAUUUAGUGAACAGAAGAAAGGAAUAACUAUCAAGAUGACUUACAUGCAAGGACUAAGUCUCAAGUCAAUAAAGAAACAUCCAGCGCUGAUACCACUUUAUGUCGUCUUUGCUGCUGGAUGUCUCACCUCAGGUGCGUACCUCAUAAGAUUGGCAGUCAAGAAUCCUGAUGUCUCAUGGAAUCUUAUCACAAAUCCAGAACCCUGGAAUGAAUAUAAAGAUAAAAACUACAAGAUUUUAAAUCCAGCUGAAGGCAGAGAUACACCCAAGAAAAUGAAAUCAGUCUUUGAUUAUUAAAUAUGGAAAAACUAGACACAAUUCAAUUUAGUCAAAAAUAACACAUAACUUAUUUUAUUUCAUAUAAUUAUGCAAUAAUUUGAUUCGAGAAUUUUCUUUAAAAUCUAAAGAUUAAAAAUCUUGAUUUUUAGAGAAAUCUAAUGAAUCUCAAUUCUAGAAGUGGAAUUAAAAGUAUUAAAUAGGAUUAAAUAAAAUUGUUUUGCCCAUAAUUUACCCCCGAAAAUCGAAGUGAUUCUCGCUAUUUAAGUAUCAGUUUUGGUUAUUGUACAUUAAUGAAAUAAAAUUUGGAGAAUCAAUA